CCGGGGCGGCCAUCUUCAGUGCGGGCGUCUUACCGUCAGAGAGCGCAGCGCGGGACGGGCUCUCCCCCCACGUCCCCCGGUGUCCUGCCCUUACGCGGGAUGGCGGCGCUUGCUUCAGCGGCUGGAGGAGGGCGGCACUGGCGCCUGCGCGCUGAGGCGGGGUGGCCCCAUUGUGCGGCGCUGAGGUAACGCCGAGGCCUUUUCUGCCAGGGAUGGAGGACGGCGCUGGGGUGGGAGCGGCGGCCGCGCCCCCGGGGGCCUCCGGCGGCCUCUCGGCCUCCCAGCGCCGAGCCGAGCUGCGGCGGAGGAAGCUGCUGAUGAACUCAGAGGAGCGGAUCAACCGCAUCAUGGGUUUCCACCGGCCCGCGGCGGGCAAGGAUGAUGAAGGUCACACAGAUUCAAAGCUUCAGCAUGAACAAGAUAAAUCAAACUCCCUUCCCAUUCCUUCAGUUUCCAAGCGCAUUGUGCUUGGUGAUUCUGUCUGUAACGUGGCAGGCACUGCUGACCACACAGGCAGCCUGGUAGACCUCAAAGGGGAUAAGGACUUGUUUGGUAAAACUCCAGAGCUUGUCACUGAGGGUACAAGUGAGCUCCGUCACCGUAACAGAGGGGAACUGUCAUCUGAAGCUGCACCACGGCCAUCUAGACAUGGAUUAGAACAGUAUUUAUCCAGAUUUGAUGAAGCUCUGAAGUUGAGAAACCAGCUGAUGAAUGAGAAGCCAAGCCAAGAGAAUGGGAAUGCAGUGGAGGAGUUUGACUCUUUCCGCAUUUUUAGAUUGGUGGGAUGUGCUCUGCUUGCCAUUGCAGUGAGGGCUUUUGUGUGCAAGUACUUGUCAAUAUUUGCACCAUUUCUUACUCUACAACUUGCUUACAUGGGACUAUCCAAGUACUUCCCAAAGUGUGAGAAGAAGGUGAAAACAACAGUAUUAACUGCUGCUCUUUUACUGUCUGGAAUCCCUGCAGAAGUAAUCAGUCGCUCCAUGGACACCUACAGCAAAAUGGGAGAUGUUUUCACAGACCUUUGUGUCUAUUUCUUUACUUUUAUCUUUUGCCAUGAACUUAUUCUGUUUUUUGGUUCUGAAGUGCCAUGAUGGGGGUGGAACUCAACACAGUAGUUACCCUAAAGCUUUCUGGACUCUAUUCCUUUUAAAGUCUGACUGUGCAGACAGGUUCAAACCUUCAUUAAAAUUCUCACCUGUUCGAAUGCUUGAAAGGAGCCUUAAAUGCAGUCAUUUUGGGAAAGGAAGAGCAGAGUCCCAGACUGCCCAUUAUAUUGGUUCACCUUAUUUAAAUACUGUGUCUGCCUAUUACAAAUGUGAAGAAUAGAGUGCAAGUGUCAGUGGAUGAUUUACUUGGUUUAGUUUGGUGAUGCCCUCAGCCUCCUUCAUAAACAUUUGAACAAAGAAAAUUCUUUUCAGCAGAACCAUAUAUCUAUAUCUACAGUAUGACUAUAGCUAAUAAGAACUGCUCAUUUUGUGGUGUUUCCAUUUUUUUUUAAAGAAAACUCUAAAUAAAAGAAAUCCCUUUAUUCUGUGGUUCAAAUUGAGAAUGUUGAACCAAGUAGCUGCUUCUGGAGAAUGUUGAUGAAACAUGCCACAUUGUUGUCCUGGUCUUUGCCUUGCUAUACCUUAUUGUGAUUGUGAUUAAUUUCAUUUGAUAAUUAUAGUGCAAAACAGCUAAGCAAAACCAACAACAAAAAAGUCCUGUUGCUUACAAAUAUCACUGAGAAAAAGUAGGAAGAAAGAAAAUUGUUAAUCUCCCCUCUUUAUGAGUGUCCAGCAGCCUUAUCCUUGGUGUAGCUCACUCAUAUGCUUCCAUUCUGAUGUCCUUUUGUUACAUUAAAAGUUCAUCUAAUGAGGGGAAAGUUGUAGUUAUUGGCUACCAAUCUGCAGUGUAUCAAAUGGUUACUCUAGUAAACAUAAAACUUAGAAGGAGUUUUUUUUUCAAGCUCCUUGCAGGAUUGCAUAAGACAAGUUUUUACAUGACAUUAAUUUCUGCAGUUUACCUCUGUUUAUUACCAGAGAUUUGCAUGUAAACAGGGUCUUCAUGUCAGAGGAGUUUGGCUUUUGCUGUGCAGAACUAAAGCCUCGCAGUGUACAGGCUUUGAUUCAGCGGAGCUCUUUGUGAGAUUUUUUUGGUGCGUUUCUGCAAUGACCCCAGUGAUACCAAAGCAGCCCUUCCUAUUUAAAUCUAGUGCACUACAAGGGACAGUGAAAUGAAGAAAAGUGCUUUGAGUUGACUGCUACAUGAAGCUCUAGGUUUGAAGAGUGAGUAGCAUUUGUGGUUUGUUGUAUGGCUGGACAUGCACACUGGUGAGAAGAUGCCAGAUGGACAGUGAGCUGGUGAAUGCUCUUUUCCCAAUCAUGAAUUUUGCACAGUGAGGGGAGGGGUCUUACCAAAUAGUCAAAGUAAAUACUGGUUAUGUGUAAAGAUUUCUAUUGAAGCUAAAUUUGGUAAUUUUUUCAACUUGUUUUCUGUUUAGAAUCUAGACUUUCAAGUAAUCUAGGCCACUGCAUUUUUUUAGCCUACAGAAACAUUUAUGUUGGUAUCUGCAGACUUUUUUUAGUGAGCAGAAGCGUUUGAUAACAGCUGUUUAAUCAGAAAGCAGGGCCAUUUAUCGCAUUCUUUUCUGUUAAAGCUUCCUGCUGUAAUGUUAGCACUGCACUUCUGACUCCUCGAUUAGGUCCAUGUUUGUUUGUGGCAUGAAAACAAAGAAGCUUGCUUCGAUCAUUUUCAGGGUUUUUUUUUACUGAUUAUUUUACAGGGAAUUACGUUACAGGCAUCUAGGGCUGGGCUGCAAAAGAUUCCGACUCAUCUCUAUUAGCACAAAGGUCGAUUCAGAAGCUUUACAUUUGUUUGUGUUAGCCAGGAAUUUCAGCAAAUUGAAAUAGCUAUCAUUUAAAUUAAAGUUCAGAUAUGUAAAUAAUGAGUUUACUAAAAAGUGACUCUUGUUCUGACUAUAUGCCCAAAUGUAAUACAAAUAAAUUGCGAAAAUUCGGUGUACUAACAUCUGCAAAAAGCAAUGAAUUUUUAAUCUUCAGCGUAAGAAUUUUAAUCCUAGUGAGUUUAAAUACUGACAAAAGGGCUGACCCACCUCCUGUAUGUUCAUUUGACCUUUGCACCAUCAUUAUAUGCAACGAAAGGUGAAACAGGUUUAUCUCUCAAACAGUGAAAUAAAUCUUGCUGCGAGAGCUGAUCAGGAACUUUUGAGCCCCUAACCAUUUGCUUUUGCCGAUGACUCCAGCGUGGGAAGCCUUUGUGCCCUUGCGUGAGGGGCGUGGCACCAGGAGGGGCUUGCACUAAAUGAUGCUUCUUCAGCUUUGGUCCAGAAAUGAAUCCCUUUUAUUCCAUUUUUAAUUUAUCUCUAUUCAUGUACAUAAUUCUAUUUAAUGUUUAUUACCACUCCGAUUGUUUUCUAUUAAAAGUAUAUUUGU